CGCUCACAUGGAAGCCUUGAAGCCGGAUCCAGUGGAGAGCAGACAGAUGGCGCAUAACGGCUCAGAUGAGUGUGAAAAGCAGCUGAAUGGAGUUUCAGAGGAGAUGGAUCUGCUUCAGAUAGACGUGGACACGGCUGAGGUGGAGGACAGGCCAGAGAGAGAAGCUGCGGCGUUUUCAAGAAAUGUGCUGAGGAAGCAGCGUCACUGGGAGAGGCAGCUGGCAGCAAAGAAAAGCAAGAGGAAAGAGGAGAAGCAGCGAAGGAAGCUCAACCGUGAGCAGGUGUCAGGUGCCAGUGCAGAUAAUCCUCAAUUGACCAAACGGGUCAUGAAAGCGAUCACCAAAGAGCGUUUAGCUGAGGCUCAGUCCACAGGGCUCAAACUCUGUGUUGACCUGAGUAUGACAGACAGCAUGUCUGACAAGGAGAUCAGUCGACUGGCCGGCCAGUUAAGAAGGCUGUACGGCGCAAACAAGAAGGCGACUCGACCAUUUCACCUCCUCCUGACGGACCUGAGAGAGGACAGCCGUCUCUACAGAGAGUGCCUUCGAAUGAACGAAGGCUUCCUCAACUACAUGAUGGACAUAACAGAAGAAAGCUGCCUGGACCUUUUCCCUCCAGAAACUGUCAUCUACCUCACACCAGAUGCUGAAGAAGCUCUACAAACAGUGGAUGCCGACAAGGUGUACGUCCUCGGGGGCCUCGUGGAUGAAAGCAUCCAGAAGAAGUUGAGCUUCUCGAGGGCCACAGAGCUGAGGGUCCACACAGCGAGGCUGCCCAUAGACGAGUACAUGGUGAAGAAAGACAACGCCAAGAAUUUCCACUCAAAGAUCCUCGCUGUUAAUCAAGUGUUUGACAUUUUACUGACUUUCUGCAACACCGGCAGCUGGACAGAAGCCCUGCAGAUGUGGUUCCCUCGGGGGAAGGGAUUUGUUGUCGCGCCAGAGAAUUCCUCACCACUUCCUGUCUCCUCCUCACAAACAUAGCACCUAGAUCCAUUUUUAGUCAUGCUUCAAACUUAACCCUUUUUUGGUUCAUCACUAUCCAUUGUGACGUUUUUCCCGAUUGCUAAGAGGCUUAAACUGGGAUCCAUCUGAUCUUCAUCAUCACCUUGUUAACACAGCAGAAGUCACAUUUUGACACCACUUUUUCUAAACAGUUCUCACAGAUCUCACAGGAAGAUGCAAAACUCUGUGUUGCUAUUUGCAAGCAUGGAUCAAAGAGGAAAAAGGGACAUAAUUCCUAGCCCCCAUGAUACAUUGCGUGAAUUAUGGGUGCAACUUCCAGCGUUGAACCAAAACUGGCGAUUUCCACUGGUAACAGUUUGUUUACAGUACUCUAUUCUUCUUUCCAAGAGCAACUGGGAAAUAAAACGUGGAACACACCAGCUCUUAGAGCUCAAACAGGGUUAUGUGAUCAUAUCUCUGCCAUCACUGACUGCCAUCUCAAAGCAACCAUUAAAAUAUUGUAAACUUAAACAUGGCCCGAGCUAGCUUAAGGUAAACAUCUGCUCCAUCUAAAGGUAAACAUCUGCUCCAUCUAAAGAGAUACUUACACAUUCAGCAAAUAUUUACCAUAACUCAGUAUUAACUGUAGCCCCAUGUAAAGUAAAUAAAUGUGAUGUUUCCCAGCUAAUCCUUCACUCGUCUGUGUGAACAAAUAAUUUUCUAAUGUAGGUUGAGAAUGAAGUCAGACGGGGAAAGACAAGGAUAUCAUGUACUGACAUAGAGUGACGGACCUGUCAGUCUAAAUCAUUCUCCUCUGCAAAUUCUGAUUUAAUACUUUCUCUCUAUGUCUUGUGAAACUCUUGUGGUUUUAGUUCUCAUAUUAAUGGUACCUUUUGCAACAGGAACAAUCCCUUUUUGUUCUGGUUACAUGUUGAACACACAGUUGCUGAGGACAAAAAUGUAGCUUGGACUGGUUGUUAGUCGUUACAGACACGGACAGUGCAACAGGUACCAGAGCUCCGCAAAGACAUUUUUAAAAAGUUAACAUUAGUUAAAUAUAUGUUAAAAAAUAAUUCAUUAUUUGCUAAACUGAAGGCAAAUUACUGUCUAAAAGAACCAGCGUUGGCGGUUAGCCACCAAGAGUAGCCACUGGGACUCACCACAGACAGUCUCUGGGACUAACUAGCUUACUGCUACUUCCGCUAUCUCGCAGGAAGUUGCGCCUAUGAUCAUUUCUACAGCAGUGCCCUCAGGAAUAAGGUGGAUAUAGCACCUUUUUUACAAGAAAUGCAGCACAAAGUGAUUUACAAUAAGGGCAGUAUAAGCAAUCAGAACGAACAUAAAACAGGCGAACAAGGCAACUCAAUAUUCAACCGACCGUAUCAUAACCAGAACCUCCUCCAGAGAUCAUAUCUCUCCUGUUCUCCAGCAGCUUCACUGGCUUCCUGUCAAAUAUCGCAUCGACUUCAAGAUUCUGCCUCUCACCGUUAAUAACGACGCCACCUACCUGUGUGAACUCCUUCUUAUCUACACACCCUCCCAUACUCUUAUCUCUUCUUAACUCUUCUGCAAUCCAACUCACAAAACUAUCUGCCCACUUGACUACCAUGUGGGCUCUACAGCCUUCAGCCAUUCUGCCACCCACCUCUGGAACUCUCUCCCCCACCACAUUCACAAUAUUAUAUCAAUAUACUCUCUUUCUACUUUCAAAUCCCUUCUGAAAACACACCUUUUCAUGCUGGCAUAUUCAGUUUGAUUUAAUGGUGACACACAUAUGGUGACCUGCACUGAAGAUGACUUUAUGAUGAUGACUGUAUACUUUAGAUUUAUAAUUAUGAUUUUUGUCUAGACAUUUUAUUAACGUUUAUUGUAUAUUAAGGAAUUGUUUGAUUUUAUGAUCUAUGGAUACAUUGCUGCUUUUUUUUUUUUUUUUUUUUUUUAAACUGUAUCUUCUAAAAUGUCCUUGAGUGCUUUGAAAAGAGUCUAUGAACGAAAUGCAUUAUCAUUAUUAUUCUUUGUAAUAUUAAAGGACAUUUUAAAACAGUUUUUAAAUCAUAAAAUAACUGCUACAUUUUAAAAACAUACAUCAUAAAAUCAAGUAAGAUACAACAUUUUAAAAGAAAUGCAGCAAUGUGAAGUGUAAGAAGAAAGAGUUUCAGGCCUGUGUCACUUGCAAAAAUAAUGACGUUAAAGCUGUUGCAACGUUUCGAUGACUAGACCUUCAUUGCCUUGUGCAGGUCUAGUCUUGUCCAGUCUUUUCUACAAGUUUUACUCUUCCCGUCCCUCUCCUACGCACCUGUUUGAAAAUAGAUGUGCGACUUGUACCUUCGUUUUGAGAUCUGUAUCAGUAAAGUCGUAGCUAGUUAAAGGCUGGAGAAAACAGAUACACUGUUAGCUUUAUUUAAAAAAAUAUUUAUUGAGCUGCCCUCUCUGAUAUCUAUACAUCAUGUGCUCCAUAGCUUUGGGGUGUAACUGACAAAAGCCAAAUCCCUGAUCUUCUUCCGGUUGUUGCUGUGAACCUCCAAUAAACCAGCAGCAAAUAUCGCAGUGUUCUUGGAGGCAAAUAAUUACCAACAUAGCUCGGUUUUAGCUCAUCUAGGGCUUUGUAUACAAGGAAGAGGGCCUUGAAAUCAAUUGUACAUGUAACAGGAAGUCAGUGCAGAGCAGCCAAGCUAAGAUUGGCCUAACGUGCUCUCCUCUUGGUUCCUGUACCGUUUACUGUAGGUCUUUCAUGUCAGUGACGGUUGGUGGGUGCGGAAAAACUUGCACACAAGCAUAAAGCAUGAAGAAAACUUCCAGGUGCAAAGUGCCAACUCAUGCUGUGAUAUGCUUGCUUGCCUUUUCUGGCAUCUACUAUAAGUAUGCAAAGGCACACAGCUCAAAUCACUGCAAGGUUGAAUCGCCUGGUAUUGAAAGCUGUAUUUGAUAUUUUGUUGUCCAUAAUGAUUGAUUGACUAAAUAUAUUGAUUCGACCAUUGCAUGUUUUUAAUGUUUUAUGAGUGUUUGAGAUUGUCACUUUAACCAGAGACUUAAAGUUCAAGCCUGUGUGUUUGACAAUAUAAUGUGUUCAAGCGAAUGAGACAGACGAUACGAUCUAAUAAGACCCUGGCUGAGGAGAAAUAGAUGCUGUUGUUUAACAUUUCUUGGUAUUGUUUGCAUUGAAACCAGAGAUGAUUAAUAGUUCUCAUUUGACUUCAUGAACAGAGAACCUUUUGUAUUUUUACACCUCCUCAGGAGUCAUGUUUGUUGACAGUGAAUGGCAGCAUUGUGAACUCUUUUUUUUUUUUUUUUUAUCAUACACGAUUAAAUUUCUAUUUUAAAGCUGGAAAAUCCCUGAAGUUUUGUAGGUAAAAAGACAAAAAUAAUAAACAUCUUUACA